AGCAUCACAAACAUCAUUAUGAGCGAAACCAAAGUUGUCCAUGUGUAUAUAUUUCUGUGUCUAUGGCUUUAGAUUAAUUCAUCCAUCAACUCACAAUCAUCAUUCAACUCCUUAACACAUCUGUCAAUCAUCAUUCACCAUUUUAAUUUAAACCAACACAAUCCACAAUGGCUGCCCUCAAGAACAUCGUCAUUGCCGGUGCCUCUGGCUCUCUCGGCUCCAUCGUCUUCAAGAAGUUUGUCGAGUCCGGAAAGUUUAACAUUCGCGUCCUCAAGCGCGCUGGUUCUGCUUCGGAAUUCCCCGCUGGCACCGAUGUUGUCGAGGUCGACUAUUCUUCGCUCGAGUCUCUCAAGUCCGCCCUCCAGGGCCAGGAUGCCGUCAUUUCUACUCUCACAACUCUCGCCAUCGACGCUCAAUUGACAUUUAUCGACGCCGCCAUCGCUGCUGGCGUUCAGCGCUUCCUCCCCUCUGAGUACGGCUCCAACUUGGACGUCCCUAGCGUUCGCCAACUUCCCGUCUUCGCCCAGAAGGUCAAGAUCCAGGAUGUCCUCAUUGAGAAGUCUAAGUCGACGCCUCUGAGCUACACCUUUGUUUAUAACGCCGCCUUCCUCGACUGGGGACUGCAGCACAACUUCAUCCUCGACCACUCUCAAUCAAAGCCUAUCAUUAUCGACGGCGGCGAUGUUGAGUUCAGCACCACUACUCUUACCAGUGUAGCUGAUGCUCUUAUUGGCGUUGUCAGCCACCCGGAUGAGACUAAGAACCGCGUCGUCUAUAUCCAUGAUCUCAUUACUACCCAGAACAAGCUUCUCGCCCUUGCCAAGCAGGUUGCUCCCGAGAGGUCUUGGGCACCCAUCCCUGUUGCCCUGGACGAUCUCACUGCCAAGGCAGAUGAGAGACUGGCCAAGGGACUUUACGAUAUGGAGACAUUUGCUCCUUACCUCUUCCGUGCUAUUUUCGACCCCAAGAGCGGUGGAAAGUUCGAGAAGACCGACAACGAGCUCCUCGGUGUCAAGGGCAAGACGGACCAGGAUAUCAUUGAGCUUCUGAAGCCCCUGUUGAAGUAAUUGGUCCGAAAAAUUAGAAAUAGCUCAUGAAGCUUGAUAGAUUAGUGACAAAAGGCGUUGAAUAUGCCCUAAAAUGAAUUCAAAUGUUCCAAAAC